GUUUUAUAUAGCUGUAGGGUGGUUGUACAUCUUUGGUUUGAAAUUUACCCCAAGAUCUUUUUUUGAGGACGUGAGUUGAUUCUUUUUUUCUGGAUUUGGUUUUGAGAAAUUGGAUUUUUUGGUGAGUUGUUUUUGGUUUUCUUUGAUUGUGGUAGGUGUGUUUGUGUGUGUGUGUUUGGGAAGAGGGAAGAGGAGGAGGAGGAGGGAGUGAGGUAGGCAAGUACCGAGAUUCCUGGGGGGGUCUUGGAUUUGGUUCUAGGAUUUGGAUUGGAGUUUUCGUUCUGUUUAUUCAAUUCACAAAAGCAAAACUACAACUAACAAACCUACCAACCCAUAGAACCAAAACACAUACCUUACCUCACAAACACAUACACGCGAUACUUUCAAACUUACUACCAAAGGUUACCUACUUGGACUUGAAGAUCCUCCAGAAAAACAGAGUAAAGGAAAAUGGCCAACACCACGACGUUCAAACUGAAUACCGGUGCGGAGAUCCCGGCGUUGGGUCUGGGAACCUGGCAGUCGGAGGCGGGGGAGGUGGAGAAGGCUGUGAAGUAUGCGUUGGAGGUGGGGUAUAGGCAUGUUGAUGGGGGUAUGUUUGUUUCUUUUUGUUUUUGUUGUUGAGCGGUUUCUUGGGGAAGGGGGGGCUUUGAGAGAGUUCUUGCUCGUUGAGACUGGGGGUUUUUGGUGUUUUCGAUUUCGUGGGAUAUGGAUUGGAUGCAAGCGAAGACUCAGAUCCGGAUUUGAAUAUCAAUAUAGAGAGCGGGAAAGGAAGAGAGAGAGAGACCGAAAGAAAGACCACCAAGCUAACCAAAAGACAACCACAGCAUACUGCUACGCCAACGAAGAAGAAGUAGGCAAAGGCCUCGCCGCCGCCUUCGCUUCGGGAAUCAAACGCGAAGACAUCUUCGUCACCUCCAAACUCUGGUGUACCUACCACUCGCGGCCCCUCGAAGGUCUCAACAAAUCCCUCGCCGCGCUAGGCCUCGACUACGUCGACCUCUUCCUCGUCCACUGGCCCAUCGCCAUGAACCCCGCGGGCAACGACGACCGCUUCCCCAAACAUCCCGAUGGCUCGCGCGACCUCGUCAAGGGGUGGAGUCACAUCCAGACCUGGAAGGGGAUGCAGGAGCUUGUUGGGACGGGGAAGGUGAAGGCUAUUGGGGUGGCGAAUUACUCGAAGGUGAUUUUGGAGGAGUUGUUGGGUGAUGUGGGGACGAAGGUUGUUCCUGCGGUUAAUCAGAUUGAGAAUCAUCCGUCGCUGCCGCAGAAUGAGAUUGUGAGUUUUUGUAAGGAGAAGGGGAUUCAUGUUACGGCGUAUAGUCCGCUGGGCAGUAGUGGGUGUCCGAUGUUGAAGGCGGCGCCGGUGGUAGAGGUUGCGAAGUCGAGGGGGACGAGUGAGGCGGCUGUUUUGUUGAGUUGGCAUCGUGAGUUUUUCUUUUCUUUCUCCUAUCUCCCUCCUUUACCUUCCUCCCCUCUUACCCUUUUAAAAAAAAUCCAUCCUAACCACCCCACAAACAGUCGCACGAGGCUCCUCGGUCCUCGCCAAAUCCGUCACCCCCACACGCAUAAAAGCCAACAUCGACAGCCUCAUCACCCUCUCGGCAGACGAUAUGAAGGUUCUUAACGAGUACGCCGAGGGACUGGAGAAGAAGGGGGAGGUGGUCAGGUAUGUGUAUCCGGCGUUUGGUGUUGCGUUUGGGUUCCCGGAUAAGCCGGAGGGGAUUAAGCCUUGGUUGUUGUAGAUUUGUGACUGGAUGGAGAAAAGGAGGAGGAGGGGAGAGGUGUGGAUGUUUUUUUUUGUAGAUAGAGAGGGAGAGAGAGAAUUGGU